AUGAAAAUUAAUCAAUUAUUAGUAUUAUCAUUGUCAGUCAUCCAUGUCUUAGGAGGUAAAGCUCCCAAGAUUAAGAAAAACCCAGCUGACGUUAUUGCCAUUGCUGAUUUCCCAGCUUCAGGUGAUAAGAAUGUUAAAGGAAAUGUAGUUUUUACUGCCAAAGAAGGUAAGAUUGUUAAUGUUCAUGUUGAUAUGACAGGAUUACCAAAAUCAGGUGGUCCUUUUGUUUAUCAUAUUCAUGAAUUCCCCGUUCCUCCUAAUGGAGAUUGUGAAGCUGUUGGUCAACACUUUAAUCCUUAUGAUGCUCCACCAGAUUGUAGUAGUCAAAAAUCUGACGCUCAUUGUCAAGUAGGUGAUUUGAGUGGUAAACAUGGAUGGAUUAAUACUACUUGUUUUGAAACUAAGUAUGAUGAUAAGUUUUUAAGUUUAGAUGGUAAUUCAAAAUCAAGUAUUUUGGGUAGAGCUUUAGUUUUCCAUUAUGAUAAUUUAUCAAAAUUUGCUUGUGCUAAUAUUGUGGUAGCUGAUACUGGUAGAAUUCAAAAUUUAGAAACUGAAUAUAUCAAGAAUGGUAAUGAAGACUUGAAUGAGUUACAAAAGUUUGUAGCAUCCAAUUAUGUGUUUGAAGGAAGUGAAGAAGUGUUUGAAAAAGAUGAUGAAUUAAAACAAAGGCAUUUGGAAUCAAGUCAUAAUCAUACUGAUGAUUCAGAUGAUGAUUGUGAUUAUAAAACCAACCAUUCUAAUAAAACCAACAUUUCAUUGAAUGGUUUAGAGUGUGAGAAUGGUGGUUCGUCUUUCACCUUACCAAUUAUUUCUACCUUGAUGGGUAUAUUUGGUGGUUUAUUAAUUUAA